AGUGGAACAGAUAUAAAUAAUCCGUUGCUACAGAGUACAGAACCAUUUGCUUGUCGGUGUUGGCAUUGACAUUUUGCAUCCUCUCUUCAAGUUCAAUGGCUUCCCCUCCUUCUGAUUCCUCUUUACCUAUAACAAUCCACAACAUUAAUCCUAAGGUUCUGAAAUGCAGGUGUGCUAUACGAGGAGAGAUCUUCUCACUUGCCAUGAAAUUGCAACAAGAAUUACAGGCAAAUCCAGGAUCUCAUUCAUUUGAUGAGAUACUUUACUGUCACGCUGGAAAUCCUCAAUCUCUUGGCCAGCAGCCGAUAACGUUUUUCCGAGAGGUUCUUGCAUUAUGUGACCAUCCGGGUAUUCUGGACAGAAGUGAAACACAGGAUUUGUACAGUUCUGAUGCAAUAGAGCGAACUAGGAAGAUUCUGGAUCAGAUUCCUGCGAGAGCAACUGGUGCAUACAGUCAAAGUGAGGGUAUCAAGGGCCUGCGUGAUACAAUAGCUACUGGAAUUGAAGCCCGUGAUGGGUUUCCUGCUCAUCCUAAUGAUAUUUUCUUGAUCAAUGGUGCAAGCUCAGCGAUUGAUAUGAUGUUACAAUUACUGAUAAGAUCAGAAAGUGAUGGAAUUAUGUGUGCCAUCCCUAUGUUUCCUCUGUACACAGACUUCAUUGCCCUCCAUGGUGGCUACCUGGUACCUUAUUAUCUAGAUGAAGCAGCUGGUUGGGGGUUGGAAAUAUCCGAACUCCAGAAGCAACUGGGAGCUGCCAGGUCCAAGGGCAUCAAUGUGCGGGUUUUAGUUGUUAUAAAUCCAGGCAACCCGACGGGUCAGGUUCUUUAUGAGGAAAACCAACGUGAUAUCGUAAAAUUUUGCAAGCAAGAAGGGCUGGUUCUUUUGGCUGAUGAGGUUUAUCAAGAGAACGUUUAUGUUGUUGAGAAGAAAUUCCAGUCUUUUAAGAAGGUAUCUCGGUCCAUGGGAUAUGGUGAGAAUGAUAUCUCUAUAGUAUCCCUUCAUUCAAUCUCCAAAGGGUAUUAUGGGGAGUGUGGGAAAAGAGGAGGUUAUAUGGAGGUGACUGGGUUUUCUGCAGAUGUGAGGGAACAGAUAUACAAGCUGGCAUGUUUUAAUCUUUGUUGCAAUAUAACUGGUCAAAUUCUUACUAGCUUGAUCAUGAGUCCACCCAAGGUUGGAGAUGAGUCCUACGAGUCAUUUUGGGCCGAGAGGGAUGGAAUUUUAUCAUCCUUUGCUAGGGGUGCAAAGACAAUGGAAGAAGCAUUUAACAAGUUAGAGGGUGUAACAUGCAACAAAGGAGAAGGGGCAAUGUAUUUGUUUCCUCGUGUUCGCCUUCCUUUAAAGGCUAUCAAAGCAGCAGAGGCUAUUAAUGCAGCUCCUGAUGACUACUACUGUCGCUGCCUGCUCAACGCCACAGGAAUACUUGUUCUUCCUGGUUCUACCACUGGACAGGUUCCUGGCACAUGGCAUUUUAGGUGCACCAUACUGCCCCGAGAAGACAAGAUUCCAGCUAUUGUCUCGCGAUUCACAGAGUUCCACAAGAAAUUCAUGGAUGAAUUCCGCGACUGAUCGAUGAGAGAUCCUGCUUGAGCACUUCCAUUAAGGAUAUCAAAUCUUUGAAUAAAACAACGGUGGCUUCUAAUGUGAAGCAUCACAUGGGUGCUUUGCCAAAACACCACCUAUUUUUAUGGGCUACAGCAGGUUUCGUUACCUGCUAUGAAGUUUACCCAUAAAACCAUUAAUUGUUUGUAAUUGUAAGUUGUAAUUGUUACUAAGGGUCUCUAGUUUGUAUGAAAUCCUCAACCCCUGCAUUUUGAAACCCUACUAGGCUGAUUAAGAUAAUGUAUUAUUCAACACUUAAUCAGUGGAUGAAACAAGUAAAAGCAGACCAAGAGAUCAUCAGCAUCAGCAAA